AUGGCUGAAAGUUAUUCACAAAAAGAUAAUGUUGUUCCAUCAAUACCAACAGCUACAUCAGAUAAUCGUGAUCCAAAUAAUUUAAACAAACAUCUUCAACUUGAUUUUUUCAAUAUCAUUGCUGAGCCUGAUCCAAGUGCUUAUAGUUUUGAAUUAUUACAUGAUAUUUCUAAAAAAGUUUAUCAUUAUAGUAAAGUUCUUAUUUAUCGUCUUUUAACAAUUCUCAUUGGCUUACCGUUAAUGUUGUGUUGGGGUCUUACUUUUGGUAUCUAUACAUUCAUUAUGAUUUGGAUUGCUGUACCAAGUCGUCGUUUAUGUCAAUCAUUAUUUGCUGAAUGUGGCUUCUAUACUCAAACAAUGAGUGAUGCUGUUAUUGCUCCACUUUUCCGUGCAUUAGGACAAAUAUAUUCUAAUGUUCGCAUGACUUUAUUUAGUCAAUCAAUUAAUUCAACAAAACAAAUUCAAGUAUAA